AUGGGUAUUAUUAAAUGCUUGAAGGAAUUUUUGCAGUCUUCAGGUACAACUGCCUUUACUUCUAAAGACCUAUCCAAAUUUAGUCCACCAGAUUUACUUCAAAAUUCAAUUGAAAAGGUGAUUAUGAAUUUAACCGGUGUAAAUAAUUUAAUAAAGAUUCGAGCAUUAAUGGAAAAGUUAAGUAAUGAUCAAGAUAAAGUUAUUAAUAAAUCAUUCGAAAAAAAACAACAAAAGGAAACUGAAGAUUAUUUGCAAAAUGACGAAGAAUUAAAUUCCAAAGCUAACGUUUCAAGUGAUGAUAAAAUUGAGAAAAAAAGAAGAACAGAAGGAUGGUGA